AUGCUACGCCUCUUCUCCGAUAUCUUGCACGCCGUCGUCGCAUACAUCGUCCCCUCGUCCUACAUUAACGCCAAAUCGACUCGAUCUGGAUCCAGUCGAACUUUUGCGGACCAGUCUUCUGUUCUUCUCUACGGCGUCAUCUUUGUCGUGUCCCUCGUCGCCCUCCACGUCUUGCGCGCUACACGAGCCGAUUAUCGCCGCAAGUAUUACCUCGACGAAGACACCAUGAUCAUCAAGUCGCCCCACGCUUUUAGGGCCCCUACCAACUACACUCUUCCCGAGUUCCUCUUCAAGCCCAUCGACAUCGCAGCAUGCAAGGAGCGCGUCAACGCCCCGCUCCUCUACCCUGCUGAGCCAGAGGUCACAGGGCGUCCCGAUGCCAAAGUCAUGUCGCUGGUCGAUGUGCGCGAGUACGCUACCAACCUUGCCUCGGCGCUCAUCUCUGGUUCUACCGAGUCCGGUCGCAAGUACGGUAAAGGCGAUGUUGUAGGUAUCAAUGCCGCCAACACACACGACUACCUUGCCUGUGCGCUCGGGAUCAUGAUGACUGGCGCCAGUGUGGCUCUAUUCAACCCUGCCUACAAGCCCGCCGAGAUCGCACACCAGAUUCGAAUGGUCAAGGCCACCGCCGUCAUCACCACCGAAGCUUCGUACAAGGCGACCCAGGAGGCCGCUCACGAAGCAUCCGUGAAAGGCGACGAUGGUCUCGAGCACCUCGCAGCUGCUCCCGAGAUCCUCGUUUUUGAAGAAAGCCACGCCUCGUCCAUCACCAAGAUUCUCAAGGUCGGAAAGGACGAGUUGCCAGAAACGCGUACAUUGCUGGACAAUGUCAAGCUCGAUCCCAAGACCACCACGGCUGUCUUUUGCUUCUCCUCGGGUACCACCGGUGGUCCCAAGGCCGUCAUGCUUUCACACUAUGCUGUCGUCGCCAACAUUAUCCAGGCCUCCUUUUCCAUGCUCGACCGAGUCAACGAUCCUCUCAUCGACGAGGACAACUGGUACGCUGGAGGUCGCGAACUCCUCCGCGGCUACUUGACCACUCGUGUCUCCGAAACCUGGAACACCGCCGCUGACGCCGUCAACACGGUCACCGAGAAGAUCGGUGGUAUCCAAUUGGCACCCCGUCUCAGCCGUGGCGAAUUCCACUUGGGCCUCUUGCCCCUCUUCCACUGCUAUGGUCUCUUGAUGGGUUUCAUGAACCUUCACACCGCCACUCCCACCCUCGUUUUGCCGAGGUUCGCGUUGGAUGUCUUCCUCACCAUCGUCCAGCGCUACCGCGUCACCUUCUGCUUUGUCGUACCACCUAUCCUCCUCGCUCUCGCCAAGCACCCCAGUGUCGACAACUAUGACCUCAGCUCGCUCUCCAAGGUCAGCUCCGGCGCGGCGUCACUCCCUCAAGAACUUCGCGUCGCUGUCAAGAAGCGUCUCGGCAUCGACUCGACCGACGGUUACGGCAUGUCUGAAAUGUCACCUCUCGUCUGCAGUCAAAACACCAAGGACAUCGAGCACUAUCCAAAUACCGUCGGUCAGCUCGUACCCGGCACCGAAGCCAAGGUCAUCGGCCUCGAUGGCAAAGAGGUCGGCUUCGACGAGGAGGGCGAACUCUGCCUCCGUGGCCCACAGAUGAUGCAGGGCUACCUCAACAACGACGAGGCCAACGCCAAGACCUUCAUGCCCUCCGUUGAAGACCCCGACCGCUUCUUGCGAACAGGCGACAUUGUCAAAGUCAACAAGGACGGCUUCGUCACCAUCACCGACCGUCUCAAGGACGUGAUCAAGUACAACGGAUUCCAGGUACCACCCUCGGAACUCGAAGCCCUCAUGUUCAAAGAAGACCGCGUCGGCGACUGCGCCGUCCUCGGCGUCCCCGACCAAGAGGGCACCGAGCUUCCCUGGGCCUUCGUCGUCCUCAACCCCAAGACCAAGGAAGAGGUCGGCGACGACGAAGGCAAGAAGAAGUCGCUCGAGAAGGAGCUGCUCGACUUUGUCAACCAUCGCGUCAACGCAAACUACAAGAAGCUCCGCGGAUUGACAUGGCUCGAUGCGCUCCCCAAGUCGGCCUCGGGCAAGAUCCUUAAGAAGGACAUCCGAGCCAUGGUCGAGCAGGACAAGUUGACAGCUCGCAAGUAA